CUCAUCUCUCAUCAUUUCUAAACAAAAACCCAUACAAAAAAAAAACAUAAUUUGUUCUAUUCAAAACAAGGAUGUUUGAUCAACAAAACAACUUCGAUUCCGACUUCGCUUUCCUCGAAUCCAUCCGACAACACUUAUUAGGUGAUCAUCUCGAUCUCCCCCCUUUCUUCUCCGACAACAAUUGGCCAACCGAAACCACCUAUUCCUCACCGGAAACCACCACCACCACCACCCAAAUCGUCAAACCAGAACCAGAUGACUUCUCAUCAUCAUACACCCCCCAAGACACAACCUUUUUAUCAGAGAUUCCCAAUCCCACAUGUCAAAUGAAAUCAACUCCUCCUCCUCCGGCGGCGGCGGCGGCGCCUGAACGGCGAUUCAGGGGAGUAAGACAACGUCCGUGGGGUAAAUUCGCGGCGGAAAUAAGAGAUCCGGCGAAGAAUGGAGCUAGGGUUUGGCUAGGUACUUAUGAAACAGCUGAAAACGCAGCCCUAGCAUAUGAUAGGGCGGCUUUUAGAAUGAGGGGUUCGAAAGCUUUACUUAAUUUUCCUCUUCGGAUAAAUUCAGGAGAGCCUGAACCAGUUAGGGUUACGGCGAAGAGAGAGAGAACUUCUUCAAGUUCUUCAUCUUCUUCUUCAUCUUCUUGUUCUGAAACAGCUGCCAAGAGGAAGAAGAAAGUGAUUACAUAGGUUGUGCCACGUGGAUGGUGUUGAUUGGUUAUGAUAUGUUGUGUGUAUUAUGUGUAGUGCUUUAGACAAGCACUCCUUCAUGAUGAUGAAAUGCAAUUUUUUUAAUUUUAU